CACAAACAGCAUAUUUUCAAGUUAAUUUUUUUGUUAUUUUUCAUGGUUGGUCAUAGUGUAGUGUGAAAUACUUGUGUAUAUUUUGAUAAAACGCAUAUAAAAAUGAUCGCGAUAGCAGAUUUGAAGACUGGCCUUACUGGCUGGACCAUCAAGGCAGUGGCCCAGAAGAAAAGUAAAAUAUCCGAAUAUGAAUCUGGUAAAUAUUUCAGCUGCUAUUUUCAUGACGGAACUGACGAAAUAAAGGCGAUCGCGUUCAAUGAUAAUGUUAAUCAAUUUUUCAACAAAAUAGAAAACGACAAAUGUUACACCAUAAGUGGUGCUUUAAUUAAAGUGAACACUUAUAGAAAUGUGACUUCCAUGGAGCUGCGCUUAAACAAAACCACUGAGUUGACUGUUUGUGAUGAAGAUGAUGAAGAUUUUAUUGUGAUCCCCAAAAAGACUAAUUACGUAAAAAUAGAAGAGUGUAAUGAUAAAACGGGUGAAGUUUCGAUAAUUGGAGUGUUAUCUAAUAUUAUGAAGAAAACGGUCGCUGUGGGAAACAGUCAAAAAGAAAUAGCAGAAGCUACAAUCAUGGAUGAAACGGGAGAAAUAAUGGUGACGUUUUGGGAGCCUGAACAUGUGAACAGCAACGAUUUCACUCUUAAUUCCGUAUUCGCCAUCGAGGAUAUGUUUCUAAAACAACUAAAAAGUGGCUCAAAACGAUUGAAUGUAAAUGCAACGUCAAAAAUCAAAAAGAACCCAGCAUGGGACAGAACGGAGGAGUUGAAUAAUUGGCUAAAGAAUAAGUGCGACAGUGAUUUGAGAAUAAAUUUUUCUCAAGUGAUGGACAAUUCUUUUGAAGUGGCCUCUCCGAAAAAAACCAAAAGGGAGUUGGACGAAUUACUGAAUGAUGCCGAAGAAGAAUUAAAGAAAAUUGAGCAGAAAGAAAUGCAGUUGGGCCGAAAGAAAAUCAGAUUAAUGAUGGAAAUCGAAACUUUAAAAUCCAGCAUGUAAAGACUGAAGUGUUAUGAUGUGAUUUCAAAAGGUUUUAUUGAUCAGAUAGGUACGUUUUUUCAAAAAUUUGUAUUUGUAUGACUUAUUUUUACUGAAUUUUUAGUAUUCGAAAAUUUUUAUCAGUUAUGAUUGAAUAAUUUUUUUAGACUGAUU